UUGGAUACAGAAGAAGACGGACGGCAGCCAUGCGCUCCCUGCGGUUCAUGAGUGCGGAGGCUCUGGUGUCCGACACGCAGCGGAUCAGGAGGAAUCUCAGCAGCGUCGCCCACAACCUUUUCCCCCUUCUUUUUAAGGCCAGUUUCUUGCAGGAGCAGGGCGACGUGAUCCAUGACCUGGUCGAAAACUGGCCGCUGCCCGAACUGAACAUUGGGGAACUGCUGGGCAGGACAGCAGACCACCCGGAGGACCUCAGCAGCAGAGCCUGCUGCGUGUGUUUGUCCAGCUGUCUGGCCGGCCUGAGAGACUACGUGCUGAAUGGCUCCUCUCCCUAUGCAAAGCGGCUUAGAACGGUGGACCUCACGGGCAUCAAGGAUGUGGAAGUCCAACUCUGCAGAUGUCAGAAGGCCCUGGGGCGCUGGGCCAGGACGGAGUUGCUCUGCAAGAUCUGCUUCGACCUGCUUGUCGAUAUUCAAAGGCUGCAGCUCGGCCCCGGCCUUUCCGAGAUCUCUGUCGAUGUCCUCGUCGACCUCUUUGUUACCGAGAGAAGCUACGAGCUGGCCGUCCAGGCCUUGUUCUUGAGGCACCACAGCCCGCUGAAGAUUCGCUGUGUGGCCUUCAGAGUGGACAACCUGGCCCCCCGCAAGCUCUUUUACAUCAUAAAGCUCGCGGAGCCCGCUUUGCUGCGCCGAUUCGAAGUGGUCCACAACGUCCGGCUGGAGAUGGAGCACUUGCAGGUGCUGUUCAAUAACGUCCACUUUCCUCGGCUGACGGCACUCCUGCUCCCUGCGAGGACCUUUGACGUGAGGAGAUUCACCCCAGAGGACGAAGCCACGCUUGCAAGCACCGGAGAGAAGCUGAGCCAGAUGACCCAACUGACGGAGCUGAGCCUGCCCUUUUCCCCCCUCACGGGAAGGAUACGCAGACUGCUCAGCCCGCUGAAAACUCCUCUGAAAGUGCUGGAUGUCUCUAACUGCUCCUUAAACCAUGCCGAUAUGGCUUAUCUAGCCAAUAGUCUUCAUUCUAACCACCUGGAAGUCCUAGAUAUCAGUGGACAUGAUGUGACUGACCUAUACCCAUCCACCUUCUUCAAACUUCUGAACCACUCAUCUCACACACUGAAGAGCCUCACCCUCGAGGAGUGCAACAUUCAAGACAUCCAUGUCAACAUGCUGAUUUUGGGUCUGGUCCCCUGCCGGAAGCUGGAGGAGCUGAAGUUCCUCGGGAACCCUCUGUCUUUUCGAGGGUUGAAAUGCCUUUUCAAUAUUUUCAUUGACUUUCCUAGACUGAAAUAUAUCGAAUUCCCAGUCCCGAAAGACUGCUAUCCAAACGACAUCACUUACCCAAUUCAAGAAGCUGAUCUUUCGAAAUUUGAUCACCAGAAAUAUGAGAGGAUAGCAGAGGAACUUCACAUGAUCUUACUGGAGGCCAAGCGUGAGGACAUCAAGGCUGCUACGCCGCUUUUUGGCAGCUAUGAUGCAGCGGUACAAGAAACGGGGGAUGAACUGGGAUCCGUUCUGCUGCAGUCUUUCAGAGAGGCCCUAGAAGGCUUCAGUAUGGCGCUUCGGGAAAUCAACUGAAGUUGAAAGCUGACAAGUGGUACUCUUCAAAUCCAUGAGUCAAAGUCAAGUGUCCAUUAGUUGCUAUUGUGCAGAAUCUAGUGCAUUUAGGGCAGCCUAUCAUGGUGUUCUCUUGCACAAGCACAACUGAAAUAAAGAAAGAGCACUUCCUCUUCUCCUCCCACCCUUCAAGCAGAGUGAUUUCUAGUAAUGUAACCUAGAUAUUUGGCCCUUUUCUCCCUGGUCCAGUUCCCCAGUCUAAAUUACACCUAUCUCUCUAU